AGCAACAGGGAGGACAGGAUGGAGGAGAUACGGGACUGAUGGUGCUGGUCCCCUGACCUCCGAGAAUGGGUGCUCCGGCCUGCUGGGAACAGGACUUCUAAAACGACAAAUAUGUCUGGGAGGCUGUGGUCCAAGGCCAUUUUUGCUGGCUAUAAGCGGGGUCUACGGAACCAGAGGGAGCACACAGCUCUCCUGAAAAUUGAAGGUGUAUAUGCUCGAGAUGAAACUGAAUUCUAUCUAGGCAAGAGAUGUGCUUACGUGUACAAAGCAAAGAACAACACAGUAACUCCUGGUGGAAAACCUAACAAAACCAGAGUAAUCUGGGGAAAGGUAACUCGUGCUCAUGGAAACAGUGGCAUGGUUCGUGCCAAAUUCCGAAGCAACCUUCCUGCCAAGGCCAUUGGACACAGAAUCCGUGUGAUGCUGUACCCUUCAAGGAUUUAAACUUAUUGAAAAGUAAAUAAAUAAAAGUGUGGAUUUGU